GUGGCUGCUGCUGCUGCGGCGGCGGUGGUGGCGACGGUGGGGUGGCGGGAGAGGAGCGGCAUGGCCACGGCGGCUUCUAACCCCUACCUGCCGGGGAACAGCCUGCUGGCGGCCGGCUCCAUUGUACACACUGACGCGGCGGGGGCUGGCGGCGGUGGGGGCGGGGGAGGCGGUGGCAGCACGGGUGGAGGAGGGGGAGGCCUGCAGCCAGGCAGUGCGGCUGUGACCUCCGGCGCCUACCGAGGGGACCCGUCCUCAGUCAAGAUGGUCCAGAGCGACUUCAUGCAGGGGGCCAUGGCCGCCAGCAACGGCGGCCAUAUGCUCAGCCACGCGCACCAGUGGGUCACGGCCCUGCCCCACGCCGCGGCUGCAGCCGCAGCCGCCGCCGCUGCCGCGGUGGAGGCGAGCUCACCGUGGUCGGGCAGCGCCGUGGGCAUGGCCGGCAGUCCCCAGCAGCCGCCGCCGCAGGGCCCCGACGUGAAGGGAGGCUCCGGACGCGACGACCUGCACGCGGGCACCGCGCUGCACCACCGCGGGCCACCGCACCUCGGGCCCCCGCCGCCGCCGCCGCACCAGGGCCACCCUGGGGGGUGGGGGGCCGCCGCUGCUGCAGCAGCCGCUGCUGCCGCCGCUGCCGCGGCACACCUCCCGUCCAUGGCGGGGAGCCAGCAGCCACCGCCGCAGGGCCUGUUGUACUCGCAGCCCGGGGGCUUCACGGUGAACGGCAUGCUCAGCGCACCCCCUGGGCCCGGAGGUGGUGGAGGCGGCGCGGGUGGCGGGGCGCAGAACCUGGUGCACCCAGGGCUGGUGCGCGGGGACACGCCCGAGCUGGCGGAACACCACCACCACCACCACCACCACCCACACCCGCCGCACCCGCACCACGCGCAGGGCCCGCCACACCACACGGGUGGCGGCUCUGGACCAGGACUCAACAGCCACGACCCUCAUUCUGACGAGGACACGCCAACGUCGGACGAUUUGGAGCAGUUCGCCAAGCAGUUCAAGCAGCGGCGCAUCAAGCUGGGCUUCACACAGGCCGACGUAGGGUUGGCGCUGGGCACGCUGUACGGCAACGUGUUCUCACAGACCACCAUCUGCCGCUUCGAGGCCCUGCAGCUGAGUUUCAAGAACAUGUGCAAGCUCAAGCCGCUGCUGAACAAGUGGCUGGAGGAGGCGGACUCGAGCACCGGCAGCCCCACCAGCAUCGACAAGAUCGCAGCGCAGGGCCGCAAGCGCAAGAAGCGGACCUCCAUCGAGGUGAGCGUCAAGGGCGCGCUCGAAAGCCACUUCCUCAAGUGCCCCAAGCCCUCGGCGCAGGAGAUCACCAACCUGGCCGAUAGCCUGCAGCUCGAGAAGGAGGUCGUGCGUGUUUGGUUCUGCAACCGACGCCAAAAGGAGAAGCGCAUGACGCCGCCCGGGAUCCAACAGCAGACGCCCGACGACGUCUACUCACAAGUGGGCACUGUGAGCGCCGACACGCCUCCGCCACACCACGGACUGCAGACGAGCGUGCAGUGAGGGCCAGGGACUCUGCGACACUAGGGCCCGCCGCCGCCUGCGCAGUCUCCGCCACCGCCAACGCCUCGCCAACGCCGCGACUACCCGCACCGCACCCGGACUGCCCCGGGCCGGGCCGGGCCGGGCCGGGCCGCCGUCCUCCCCUCUACCCAAAGACAGGCUUGCCCACCCUUUGAAAAAAAAAUAGAGAGAGAGACAGACAGAUCGAAGAGAUGUUUUUUGAAGCCCAAGGAAGGAGAGGCAAAACAAACAAAAAAGCAUAAUAAAUACCCAGACGGUUUUAUAUAUAUACACAACAAACAGAACCAGAAGAGAGAAGGAGGGCGAUCGUGCGAUCUUAUGUAUCCUGUGGUGGUGUUUCGGUUUUUGUUCUUGAUUUUCUUUUCAAAGAAGGGUGAAAAUGCCAACGCACCAAAACUGCACUCGUGGAGUUUUGCGCACGCUGAGAAGUCCCACACGGCGACGGUGGACAGAACCUAGCACCUGACUUUUCCCCUCCUCUUAAAAAAAUAAAUAAAGUACCCGUCUCUCCCACCCCCCUCCCUCCAAAGGGCUGCCUAAAGUGAUCCACCGGUACCUCGUUUCCUGGGAGCGAUCUGAAAGAAAGCAGAGGCGCCGGUUUUAAUCAGGGAUGACUCUGCUCCGGACUCGGUUCUUCUUGGCCAUAUUAAAGUCAUUUGGGAACAAAUAAACUGACUAUGAAAUGGGAAAGAGAAAAAAGAACAGUCUCCAGCAAAAAAAUAAUAUUCACAGCUUCUGAAAUUAACAAACUGAAGACCAAUGCCAAAAGAAAAAGAAUGCGCUUCAUCCACAUAACCUCGGAAAUAAAGGCAUCACGAAAGAGCAGAGGGAUGAGCGAGGGCGAAGGGGAGAUCCGCUCAUCUGUCAAGGAGUAAGAGAGUCCGGCAGAGCAGGGGUGCGGGCAGGAAGACCGGGCGUGGGGCGAGGCCUGGCCAACAACCCCGACAGCAGUGUCUGCCACUCGGGUGGACGAUGCCUAAAGAUUCCACCGCUAAUAUUUUUUUUAUUAAUAUUUUAUUUUUUAUUUCUGGACUGACUCAGUUAAAGGGAUUUGGAAAGACUGAGCACCAGCCGCUGCCCUUCUUGGACUUCACUCCUCAAUCCGUUGCCAACUUUGACUGAAUGGGUGCCGUGGAUGUGAUUAUAUAAUACUGCCAUUUCCAAGCAGUGUUUUUGGUAGGUUUUAAUAAACAGACUUUUCAAAAGACGGCAAUAUAGAAUUGUUAGAUCCGUUGUUGAUCUAAAAAUAUUUGCUUUAUAUUUUCAUUAAAUGACUUCUUUUAAUAUUUUAUUCAGAAUACUUAUGAACUGCUACAAAACGGUAAUUUAUUUUUCCCCAGAUCUUGUAUUACGUGUUUUUUUCAGACGAGCACAAAUCAAAAUGAAAUGAAAAUAUGGACAGUUGUUAGGUAAUAAGGGUAUCUUUUGAUGUGAUCAUUUGAUUGUAAUUUAAUUUGAGUAGUGAUUCCGUAAGAGCUGAUUGAGAAAAUAAAUUUGUUAGAAUGAAAUAGCCUGUGUCUGAUGCAUAAACACUGUGUGGGAAUAAAAUAGUUCUUUAGAA